AUGGGGAUUAAAAUCUACUACACCACCGUGACUGCAUCUCGGACGAUAAAGUCCCAACAGGCGGAAGUCAUGCGCAUCCUGGACAGCAAAAGCAUCACGUACGAGCUGGUGGACAUCUCGGUGGGAGGUGAGAUGCGCGACGAGAUGCGCAAAAAAGCGGGCAACCCGACAGCCGUCCCGCCGCAGCUCUUUAAUGAGGACCAAUACUGCGGGGAUUACGAAAUGUUCUCCGAGGCGGUGGAGGCGGACACGGUGGACCAGUUCCUGAAACUUGCGUGA